AUGUUCAGAAACAACUACGACAACGAUUCGGUCACAUACUCUCCCACUGGAAGAUUGUUUCAGGUGGAAUACGCCUUAGAGGCUAUCAAACAAGGAAGCGCUGCCGUCGGGCUCGUCUCCAAGACCCAUGUGGUGUUGGUAGCCUUGAAGAGAAAUGCCGAAGAAUUGGGGUCAUAUCAAAAGAAAAUCAUCAAGGUGGACGACCACAUGGGCAUUGCGUUGGCAGGCUUGGCACCAGACGCCAGAGUGUUGUCCAAUUACUUAAGAAAGCAGGCCAUGAGCUCCAAAAUGAUAUUUAAUAGACCAUUGCUGACAUCCAAGGCAGUGUUGUCCAUUGCCGAUAAGGCGCAAGAAAACACCCAGUCAUACGGAUCCAGACCAUACGGUGUCGGCUUGUUGAUUUCGGGAUACGAUGAGACUGGGGCUCACUUGUAUGAGUUCCAACCAUCAGGAUCGGUGUUGGAAUACUUCGGAGCCGCUAUUGGUGCCAGAUCCCAGGCCGCCAGGACCUACUUGGAGAGAAACUUGGACACUAUCACAGAAUCCGAGACCGUGGAGCAAUUGAUUGUUCACGGUUUGAACGCAUUGAGAGACACCUUAUCGCAAGAUGUGGAGUUGACCUUCAAGAAUACCUCGGUGAGUGUGGUGGGUAAAGACACUGAUUUCACCAUAUAUGACGAUGAGAAUGUGCAGCAAUGGUUGGAUAAGUUGGAUUCCGUUUCUAACGCUAGAAAUAGAGAAGAAGAUGACGAAGAUAAUGCCAAUGAUGAUGAAAACAAUACAGCUCCAGCUGAGACUGAACAACUGGAAGAUAGAAUGGAAACUGACGAGUAG